ACCAGUGAGGACGAGCAGUUCUCACUGUGAAAACAGUAAUGGAGGAAAUAAGCACCAAGACGAGUGGACUGCACAAUUAGAUGUCAGCGGAGUGACUAUACCCUUCAAACUGGACACUGGUGCACAGGUGAACCUGUUGCCGAUUAAAGAUUGCCACAGACUGAAGGACAAGCCUAAAGUGCAUAACAGAAAAAUAAGCAUACGAAUUUAUAAUGAUGAGCCAAUUCCCACGAAAGGAGUAUGUUGGAUUACACUGACAGCAAAAACAGACGGGCUCCGUAGUAUUGCAAGACGUGAUUGGAAAAAUAAACUCACCUGAGGAGGAGAUGCUACCGCACCCUUAUCAGCAUUUCAGAGACGAGCUUUCUGUCAUCGAAGGGGUUCUUCUAAAGGGAAGACGGAUAGUCGUACCUAGGAAAAUGAAACAAAACAUGCUGGAGAUCAUACAUGAAGGCCACAUGGGCAUAGAAAAAUGUAAACGCCUGCCAGAGAUGUGAUGUAUUGGCCUUGUAUGAAUAAAGACAUAGAGACACGAGUACAGCACUGUGAGAUCUGUCAACAGCACAGAUAUAAAAAACAAAAAGAACCGCUGAUAAAACAUUUUACACCUUGUGAACCAUGGAGGAAAGUCGGAACUGACUUGUUCCACUUAACUGGAAAGGAUUAUCUAGUAGUCAUGGAUUACUACUCAAACUACCCAGAGGUUGCAUUAUUGUCUGAUACCUCCGCAAAGAAUGUGAUUGCACAAAUGAAAACAAUCUUUGCAAGACAUGGAAUUCCGGUCACAAUGGUCAGUGACAAUGGACCUCAAUUCAGUGGAUGGGCAUUCAAAGACUUUGAAAAUGGAUUCGAGCAUGUCACAUCAAGUCCACACUACCCACAGUCAAAUGGACUGGCCGGAAAGGCGGUACAGAUCGUGAAACGUCUGCUGAAGAAAGCUGUUGAAGCUGGGGAGGAUCCUCAUCUUGCUAUGCUGAAUUACAGGUCAGCAUCCUUGGAGUGUGGGAAGUCCCCAGCAGAAUUACUGAUGGGUAGGAAGCUAAGAACAAAGCUACCGUCAUCUGAACAUUUGCUACGAAACAGUGACCAAUUUGUGCCAAAGAAAUCCAGUUCUAAUGUCACUUAUAACAAACAUGCAAAACCUUUGUGCAAGCUGGAACGUAAGGACUUGGUAAGAGUAAGAUGUGAUGGAAAAUGGGGACCAAAAGCGAAGGUUCUGAAAGAGAUCAUGCCAAGAUCUUACAUAGUACUCACCGAGUAUGGAAACACUCUUCGCAGAAACAGGAGGGAUCUGUUGAAAGUUCCAAAGACUGAAUUCAUUGUGGAUAUAGAGAGCAGAAAUACAGUGGCUCUUAUAGAACCUUGCACUGAGACUAGAGAGGAAAACAGGAGUACCCAAAGGACAGUAACAAAGUUCCAGGGUACAGACAGAGUUGUGAGGCCAAUGCGAGUAAUUGUUAAGCCCAAAAGGCUUAUUGAGGAGUGUUGAAGUAUUGAAUGUGCAUAUAUGUUACUUAAAAGGCAGAAACAAUGAAAAAGAGUUAUGUUGUACAUUGUGAAUAGUUAAGGUUGUAGUACUUUUGAAUGUCAAUGUUAAUAAUAACAAAAGUUAAGUUUAUUGUUACUAUAAGGAAAUACAUUAAAAAAAGGAAGAUGUACUGAUGAGUGUCAGUAGAGGGCACUAUUGCUCCGGAAAUGGGGUGGUUAUGGUCGAAUAAAGAAGCACGCACGCGGCGUGUAUACGGAUGGCAUUAGCGUCUGUUGUCUUUAAUAAGGACAAAUGAUACACCUCUUAGAACUGUCACAACUGUGUUUCCCAAACAGCAGGCCUCCACAAAAGCAUUGCAUUUAUUGUGUUUCGUAAUCGUCUGCUUGUGCAAGUAUUAUUCUAUGAAAAUCAUUAUAUUCAGUGGCUUCUCUUACUUUUCUUACUGAUAUUUAGUGGUAGUUUAUUAGGAAGUGACGGUUGACUAUUUGGAUGGAAAUGCUUAUUCGAAAAUGUUUUAUGCGAUAUUCCAAUUUUGCGCAUAAGCUAAAUUCGCAACUUUGGAUGGAAACCCGGCUAUUGUAGCAACCUGUUAGCAAACAUAAUGAAAUCUUCCACUGUAUCUAUACACAUCCUGACUCCUGGGAAUUGUGUAAAUUUAAAACUUGCCAGUUUGAGGAAACUUGCUAGUUUUUAUGCAAUAUGCAAUAUUUUAUGAGACAUUAGCUUUUAGAAUUUGAGUGGUCAAAGGUCCAUCUCAUUUAAAAUCUAAAUGUUCAGUUAUAUAAGAACGACUGAGAGAAAGAGAGAGAUAUUAAAAAAAGUUGUAUGUAUUGCCAUUGCUGUUGCUGUUAAAUCUUGGAUGUACACUUUACACUUUACUUCUCUGCCAUGGUAUUUGAAUUACUAUCUCUCAUGAACCAGAUAUGUGGUCAUGUGUAAAGGUUCCUUCAGGGUGUCUAGAUUUCUCUUUCCCUCCUGGUCCAUGGACUUGCUUAUGCCCAGAG